AUGCAUUAUGACCAUGAUAGCUCUGUCAAUGAGUCACUAUGGAAAGUUGUAAGAGUAUCCAAAGCUGUUUUGGCCGUACCCCCACAUGGUGAGAUUGACUUGAGAGGAAAACUUGAGAAGCACAGUAGCAGCCUUCCUCUUACAGUGACGAUGGAGUCUUCUGAUGGAGAUAACCUCCCUAGUGGUCUGAUGGUUCAGAGAGGUUUAUUAUCCUUACCACAGAUGGAAGAAGCUGGCAUUAUGGUAAAAGAGGCCCAAAUUCAGAUCCCAUCUCCUUAUCGGCUGAAGGGGGAACUGAAUCCAGGUUUCCUACUUUCAAGGUCUAUGAUAAACAACUCACUUGAGGCCCUUCCCAGGAAAAUGUGUACUGAAAUGCCUUUCAUUAACUGGAUGGAUUUUGAAGGCAAUCGUAUCAAGGCUUUAACUAAUACCACCUUCCUGGAAUGUGAUGCUCUCACUGUACUAGACCUGGAAACUAGAGAGAUUCCAAAUAUAAAUUCAAGAAUGUUUCAGCCUCUGAGGAACCUUUCCUACAUCUAUUUCAAAAAGUUUCAGUAUUGUUCCUAUGCACUCCAUGUGCGAAUGUGCACACCAUUAAUAUAUGGAAUUUCAUCAUUUGAGAACCUCUUGGCUAAUAAUGUUCUUAGAGUAUUUGUCUGGGCCAUAGCUUGUGUUACCUGUUUUGGAAAUCUUUUUGUCACUGGAAUGAGAUCAUUUAUCAGAGCUGAAAACAAGACACACACCACGUCUAUCAAAAUGUUGUGUUGUACUGAUUGUCUGAUGGGUGUGUGAUUGUUCAUUGGAGUCUUUGACAUUAAAUACCAUGGACAAAAUAAAAAAUAUGCUGUGCUGUGGAUGGAGACUUUACCAUAUCAUAUCAUGGGUUUCCUGGCCAUGUUUUCUACAGAGGUCUCUGUCUUGUUGUUUACAUAUCUGACUUUAGAAAAAUAUUUAGUAAUUGUCUUUCCCUUCAGUAAUAUCCAACCAGGAAAGCAUCAGACAAUAAUAAUCCUUGUAUCCAUAUGGUUUAUUGGAUUUGUAAUAGCAAUAAUCCCAUUUUGGGAUGAAGAAAUUGGAGGCAAGGGGUAUUCUCUUGGGAUUUUUCUUGCUCAUAACAUUUGCAGUGAACAUGGAAAUGCAGUAUUUCCCAAAUCAGUGCUAAGUAUAAUGGGUUUUUCAGCAGGAUGCCUCAUCAUAGAUUUCCAUCAUUCAUAUUUUGGUUCUGGUUUCGAAAAAAGAGGCGAGGCCUUCUUUGCGAGCUCAUACCUGCCAAGUGGCAUUGCCUGA